UGGCCACGCCCCCUCUGCUUCAGUCCCUCUCAACUCUGGCUUUUCCUUCUCCUUCAAGUUCUCAGGAGGCGCUGCUUUUAGAGGAGGAAGCCUUGGCGCCUUUUUAAUCUCCCUCGAGAAGGAAAGAGCGGAAGGAGGAGGCGAAAUGCCGGGGAGCCCAGGCGGCAGCGAGCCCGGCUGAGGGAAGGAAGGCCGGCGGCAGCGGCAGCGGCAGCAGCAGCAGCGCCCCCUCCUCCUCCUCCUCCUCCUUUAUCUCGCCCGAGUCAGGAAGUUGGCUGCUCGCGGGCGGGCGGGCGGCCGAAGGGAGGCGGCGGCGGCGGCGGCGGAUGGUUUUGGGGCCGCCUUCCUUGCCUUGGAUGAAGACUCCGUUCCUUCGCCUUUUUGGUGGAAGCCCUUAUCUUUUCCCCCUUUGGAACCCGCUUUUCUCCCGGCGCCGGACCCAGAGGAGCAGCCUCUCUCUCUCUCUCUCUCUCCGUUGGAGCUUUAUUCCGCCGCUUCGGCUCGGAGGGCGUUGGAUUCAGACUUGGUCUUUGGAGGCCCCCCUUUUUAGCCUCCCCGGAGGCCUCGGGUCCAGAGGAAGCCUUUCUCCCUUCCUUUUUGGAGGCCCCCGCUUCCUCUCAGUCCAGAGAAGCCAAAGAGGCAGACUCCGGGGACCCUUCCUGGCGCCCUGAGUCUGUCUACCAUUAAGUUCUUCUGCCCCCGUUUCUCGGGGGAAGGCCUCCCCUUUCCUCCAAGAGUUCGGAUUAAAAGGCUUCCUUUUGGGGCCCCGUUUUGAUCCCACAUCCCCCCACACCCCACACUCUCCUCGGGAGAAGCAACCUUAUCCUCCCGGAGUGUGUCUGUUUUUUAUCCGAUCAAGGGCCCUCCUUCUCGGGGGCUGCCAUUCCAUCUGUUCCCGGGAGACCCUCGCCCUUUCCUUGGGGACCUCCCUCCACAAAAACCCAAUCCCUGCUGGAUCUGGAAGCGCCUCUCCUCGGAUGAAGAGCCUCCUUCUCUCCCCGUUUUAACGCCGGGGCUUCUGUCCCCGCCGCGGCUGGAGCCCUCGGCCUCCCUCUGCCGGCGGGGCGGGUGUAUGCUUCCCGGGGGACCAGUGGCUCUCGGCGGCGAGCCCUUCGCCCCCGGACAUGGCAGCGGCCACGGCGACGGCGGCGUCGAUCUCUGCGGCGGAGAAAGUGGACGGCUUCACGCGGCGCUCGGUGCGGAAGGCUCAGAAGCAGAAGCGCUCGCAGGGGUCCUCCCAGUUCCGGAGCCAGAUCAGCCCCGUGGAGCUCCUCGCCCUGCCCCAGCUCAAAGAUGCCACCACAAAUGAACAGCAAAAUCUCUUCUGUCAGAAAUUACAGCAGUGUUGUGUAUUGUUUGAUUUCAUGGACUCUGUUUCUGACUUGAGGAAUAAAGAAAUUAAAAGAGCAACACUGAAUGAAUUGGUGGAAUAUGUUUCAACCACUCGUGGUGUGAUUACUGAAUCAGCAUAUUCUGACAUAGUGAAAAUGAUUAGUUUUAAUAUCUUCAGAACGCUUCCACCCAGUGAAAAUCCAGAUUUUGAUCCAGAAGAAGAUGAACCUACGUUAGAAGCUUCCUGGCCUCAUAUACAGCUGGUGUAUGAAUUUUUACUAAGAUUUUUAGAGAGCCCUGAUUUCCAGCCUAGCAUUGCAAAGCGUUAUAUUGACCAGAAAUUUGUACAACAGUUGUUGGAGCUUUUUGAUAGUGAAGAUCCACGAGAGCGCGACUUCCUAAAAACAGUGCUUCAUCGAAUUUAUGGCAAAUUCCUUGGACUAAGAGCAUUCAUCAGAAAACAAAUCAACAAUAUUUUUCUCAGGUUUAUAUAUGAAACAGAACAUUUCAAUGGUGUUGCUGAACUCCUUGAGAUACUAGGAAGUAUUAUCAAUGGUUUUGCAUUGCCACUGAAAGCAGAACAUAAACAGUUUCUUAUGAAGGUUCUUAUUCCUAUGCAUACUGCAAAGGGAUUAGCUUUAUUUCAUGCACAGCUGGCCUAUUGUGUUGUACAGUUCCUGGAAAAAGAUAUGACAUUAACAGAGCCGGUUAUCAGAGGAUUGCUCAAAUUUUGGCCAAAAACAUGCAGCCAGAAGGAGGUUAUGUUUUUAGGUGAAAUAGAAGAAAUCUUGGAUGUAAUAGAACCAACACAGUUCAGAAAAAUACAGGAGCCUCUCUUUAAACAGAUAGCCAAGUGUGUGUCAAGUUCGCAUUUUCAGGUUGCAGAGAGGGCUUUGUACUUUUGGAAUAAUGAAUACAUUCUUGGCCUGAUUGAAGAGAACAUAGACAAAAUCCUGCCAAUUAUGUUUGGCAGUUUAUACAAAAUCUCCAAAGAACACUGGAAUCCGACCAUUGUAGCAUUAGUAUAUAAUGUGCUGAAAACACUUAUGGAGAUGAAUGGAAAACUGUUUGAUGAACUCACAAGCUCCUAUAAAGCAGAAAGACAAAGAGAGAAAAAGAAGGAGCUAGAACGUGAAGAACUAUGGAAGAAGCUGGAAGAAUUAAAGUUAACGAAAGCUCUAUGUGACCCACUGAGUAAUACAUCCUCUAUUAGCAAUGCACCAAAUGAAAAAGUGCCAAAUGAGAGUGACAGCCUCUCUUUGUGAGGUGUACCUUUUAUAUACAAGGUUUUUUUAAAAUAUGUAAAAAAUGCAAAAGAGAAACCUCAUCAGUAUAUUUGAAAUGGCCAUUUUUUUUCCUCUGGCAAAAUGUAAAUGAAUUUUUUUUGAACUGAAAUACAAUAAUUGAAUGUGACAUUAUUUACCACAGCAUAUUGUAAAUUUGUCUCUAAUCAUUGUUAUAUUGUCACUUCUGACAUUUCACAGAAAUGAUUCUGUCAUCCAUGAUAUGUGUGAUUUAAUUAUGGGAGUGGUGAAAAUUAUGACUUGAAUUUUUUUUUCUUUUUUUGAUUGUGUUGCACAUAGCCAUAGAAGUCAACUAUUUGCAUUUUCCCCAUGUGCUUUUCACAUUACUGCAAGCUUUGGCUAAGAUUCUGAAAGAGACUUCUAACUUCUCAGUGUAUUUUCUCAAAUGAAACUGAGGCUGUAAUUCUAUAUCUACCACUAUGUGAGUGGGCCUCAUUAAACUUAGUAGGGUUUGCUUCUGAGUAAACAUGCAUAGGGUUGGUUGUGACUAUAUCUGGAUGAGAUGUUUUCCCAUUUACCCAUUACAGAUUUUAAAGUUAUUGCUGUACAGAAUUUUCAGAAAGCAAAGAGAGUACAUCCCUCUUCUGACAUUCUUCACUCUCUGUGAAAUGAUUACUGCUGGUCAUGGAGGUGAGCCUAUUGGUCUUGCUCCCUUCUGCACAUCUCCAUCAACUAUGCUUGCAGCCUCAUCCCAAAACACUCACAGUGAUGGCUGAACAUCUGCAUUCAGGAGCCUUUUCUAUUUGACUUGGCUCCUGGUGAUAUUCAGGAACCUGGAAGAUCAGCGUUCUGCAUUGUGUAGGGGACACAUUCAGCAAAAGGUUCCUUUCUGCAGUUCAUCCCUCAGUGUGCAAAUGGCAGCAAGAACAGCUGUAGGAACAUUAACAAAUGUUCCCUUUGAGCAAUGUAUAGGGUUUAUGGUUAAAUAAGCGAAAAGCUUAAAAGAGAGAAAGAGAAAGGUGAGCUCAACAUAAAUAUUGGGAAUCAUCAGCUUUGGCUCAAGGCUUGCCUUGCUGCCCACAUAUGUUCUGUUUGCAGUUCUGUAACAGGACUGGAACUUAUCAAGAAUUUGUGUUAAGCCUGGCAGUUUUUGCUUUGUACUGCACUUGGUGAGAUAAUCUAACUGUUCUUUGAAAGCUUGGGUUGUCCAAUUUUAUUCAGGUAUCAAUACAUCCUUGCAAAAAUACAGUUCCUUGUUUUAAUGAAAAUACACUGUACUUAACAUGGCAAAAGUUGGCGCUAAAAGUUUUGUCUGUUUUUUACUUGAUCAGGUCGAGCGUUUUUUGCAGAUCUUUCUAUCAGAAUACCAUUCCAGUCUCUAUUGCAAAUGUGUGGGAAAUGGUUUUGUAUUGAAAGAUUGAGGGAUUGAGCAGCAUUCAAUAAAGUCUUUAUGUUUGUAA